GUGUUCAUUGAAGAUGGUGACUGUGUGUCAGUCCCACUGUCCUGCACAUUUCUACGCCUGAGUUCAGUCUUUUCAGUGGCAUCAUCAGAGUGGCUUGGUCCUUGGACCUGUUAGCUCUGCAGCCAUGCAGCCCCCUCCUCGGACUGGACCUCCGGGAGCUUCUGGUCCCCCUCCCUCCGGAGCAGUGCCCAAUGCGUUCCGCAGGACCAGGCCCCACAAACAUACGUCAGCAGCUGCUACCAUGAUGGGGCCUCCACCUGCUACCCAGCCUAUGACAGACCCUUUUGCUUUUGUUAGACAAGCCCCUCCACCUAUGGCUUUGAGCAGCCCCCCAUUGGCACCCAACAGCAAUCCUCCACCCAUGAUGGCACCACCCAACAGCAUGUACUCACAGGCCGGCCCAGGGACUGCUCCACAACCUCAACUACUGGAGGGUGCACAAGCUGCCCCACCUGGUCCACCACCAUCCUCUACACCAGGGGUGACCCUUUUCACCCCUCACAGUGCAACAUCCCCAGCUGUUUUCCCAGGACACCUACCACCAGGUGCCCCAGGAUAUGCAUCAUCAAAUACAGAGCAAGGUUAUUUAAAUUCAAGUGAACAGACACCAUUGUUGGCCUCUGGCCCACCACCCAUGUCGUCAGGCCCAACGCAUGGUCAGACACCUUUUAACCAGGAAGCCCAAGGAGAGCCUAAUCCUCAGGCUUUGCCCUUCCAGCCAGUGCCUCCCACCUCCUCCUCUUCCCAAUGGGCACCUGAUCAUGGAAGUCGACCUCCUUCAGUUCAGAACUAUUUCCAGCCUACUAGUGACCCUCCGCCUCAGCCCUUUAACAUCCCUCUGCAGUCUCAAACAUACCCUCCCCAUACACCCUCACCCCAUCACUGCACCCCCACCCCUCCAACACACCCUGGACAUAUGCAGGGUGUGUUGCAAGCACCUCUUCCUCCUCAGAACCCUGAGCCGAAUGCACCCCAGCAACAUAAUUCCCACUUCCAAGCUCAGAACUACUUCAGUCAGAGCGCAGCCCCCCAGGGGUCCUGGUUCAACCACCCCCCACAGGACUCAGGCUAUCACCAAAUGGGGACUGGUUUGGGCCCUGGUCCGGCCCAGCCAGAUCCUGCUGGGUCACAACAUGUGACUGCUGCUGGUCCUGUGCCAGCUCCAGCUCCAGCUCCAGCUCCAGUCCCAUACUCUCAGGAGUCUGGUUCUCUCUCAAUGUUCUUCAAAGGAAAUGAUGUGGAAAAUGAAGAGACGCUGGCUGGAGAGGGAAAGAAGGCAGUUAAUGGUAUUCCUGGAUCUUUCCAGCAUCACAGCAACACUCAGCCGCCUCCACAAGCCCACAGUGCAGAUGUUCCUGUGGAUUAUCAAGGAGCUUCUCUGCAAGACAAUCCACACAUACCCUACAUGAAUGAUGGUAAUUAUGCAUCACCAGGAAACACUCAGAAACCAUCUGAUUCCCAGUAUGACCAUGUAGAGAAUUUUGAGUGUGUUCCGAACCAGGAAGUGUUACCGAGUGAAACACAUAGUAGCCCUGCUGCUACAUCAGCCCAUGGAGGAGACCAGUUUGAGACAGGCCCUAACCUGGAGACUCCAGAUUCUAUCCCAAGACCAAUGAGAUCUGCCAGUGUGUCAUCCAACUAUAGCAACGUGAGCCAUGGAAGUGGAACUGGCUCCCGCCGGCACCAGGGGGUAGUAGGCACCUUCAUCCAACAGGAAAGUCCUCGCCUUGCUGAUGAUGUGAACCUCUCUGCUGCCACUGGAGGCUACUUUGAGCAGAUUGACACUUCCCCAGCUGGGGAUAUGGGUGCCUACCAGAGCUCUCAGGAACGGAUGUACCACAGCCAGCCCCCCACACCCAGCCCCCCCAAACCAACUGGUAUCUUCCAGGCCAGUGCUAACAGCUCUUUUGAACCUGUACGUUCACAUGGUGUUGGGGUGCGUCCUGUUGAAGUUGAUAGGGCAAAAAUGGUAGCAGAGGGGGGUGCAGAUUCUAUACCUGGCAACCUGGAGCAGCCUCCAGAUAAUCUGGAAAACAUAUAUGGCUCAGGACAACCCCUUCCUGCUGGCGACGGGGGUGGGGUGCCCCACCUGUCACACCCUGUGGUUCAUUCUCACUCUCGGCCUUCAUCCCGUGCCCAUGGGGCCAAUCAGCCCUGUGAGAGCCCUGCCACAACUCUCUGGGCUCAGAAUGAUCCAUCUAGUUUAGGAGCUAACAUCCUCCUUGCUCCCGCUGCUCCCCCAGUCCUUGCUCCUUUACGAGAACCCAGUGCUGAUGUCAUUCAGCCCCCAGAGGAUGGCCCUCUGGACCUGCAGCCCCCGCUUAGAGCUCAGCCAACUUCACAGCAUCACUCAGAAAACCUAGAGAAUCCACCGAAGGUGAGUGAGGGGGAGCUGUCAGACUCUCAAGGCAACCUGGGCUAUGCGUCUCUCCUGGUGUCUGACUCACUACACCAGCCUGUUUUGAUUGCUCCGCCGGUUUCUAAUUACAAUGUGAUUCCCCCCAGUACCCUUACCCAAGCAGCCAGUCAAAGUAGCCUUAGGGAAGCUACCCCCCCUGUGAGACCGCUUUCACAGGGGCAGGGUGCCAGUACAUCUCAGACAUGUCAUGUAACCUCUAAUCAGAAUCCUUUAUUUACCCCCGCACCAGUGAUCUUAACUCCUUCUGCCUCUACUCAGAGCCCACUCAAUCUGACUCGAGACAACACAGAAGGGACAAAAUCGGACAUAACAGCUCUACCGCCGUCUCAGCCAGCCCGCCCCCCUCUUUCAAGGGGCCAGUCAUUGGGUGGAGACAGUCACUCUGCUCUCCAUAUUAAUGCACAAGCUCCUCCUGUUGCGGCUGCUGCUGCUCCCUCUAAUCACAAUCAGCCAUCAAAUUUUGAACUGCUUGAUUUCUCUAUGCACCAAUCACAGAACCAAAACCAAGCAUCUAGCCAUCCUUCCUGUCUACAGGGGUCUCCACAGGCUAGUAAUGCCCCUGGAUUUUACCUACAGGUCACCAAAGAUGCUCAGCAGGGGGUUAGAGUGGAAGGAGACAUCCCUCUCCAACCCCCAGCUUCCUCAUCUGCCCCACAGGUACCCGCAGCACCCCAACAAGCAGCUCCUAACACCCAGCAGCCGCUGCCUGAGCCCCCUAAGGUGUCAGAAUCACAGCCUGGACCACUGCCACAAAGUGAUGCUCCACCAGCUCCAAGUAGUGGGGCACCACCUCCACGUGACCAGUACCCACGUUCAGCACAGGUGCCUACUGGAGGUAGUGUUCCUUCUUCUGCUGCUGCUGCUUACCCUCCGGGGCCCCAGGGACCAGCACCCCCAGGGGCUCCUCAGCCAACUCCUACAGAGCCCCCUCGACCACCUUCCUCUGUGGGAAGCCAGCAAGGGUAUGGCCCUGCUCCUGCAGCGCCAGGGCAGGUGUAUGGAGGCUAUUAUGGAGGUGCCUAUGGAGACUACCCAGAUAGCAGAGCACCCUACCCUCCUGGCCAGUACCCACCUCCACCUGGGGAUCCGCGAGCACAGCAGUAUUAUCAAAAUGACCCAUAUAGGAGAGCAGAUCCUUGGUAUGGCAGAUAUGAAGGACCAGCCUACCGUGAUCCGAACUACCAGUACAGAGAGCCUCAGCCAGACCGACCCAGCUCCAGGGCCAGCCAGUACUCUGACAGACCCUCAUCAAGGCAAGGCUAUCCAGAUGACUACCACAGAGCUAACCGAAGUGCCUAUGAUGAAUAUUAUUCAGAUUACUACAAGAAACCCUAUGAUUAUGCAGGUUACAAUCCUGGAGCAUAUGAUCCUCGCUACAGAGGAUACUACGAUCAGUCCUACUGGUAUAACUAUGAUGAGGCCUACAGAAGCAGAGACCCCUACUAUAAUCAGCAGCCGUAUCCUGCCAGGAGAGAAGGCUACGAUGAGCAGUGGCGCUAUUAUCCUGGUUAUGAUCCCAGUUUUGAUGAUGAUUAUCAUCGGCAACGAGACCCAUAUGGGGAUGAUUUUGACCGACGCAGCAUCCACAGCGAACAGUCAGCCCACAGUAUCCACAGCUCCCGCGGCCACCACAGCAGACGAAGCAGCUUCAGCUCCCGAUCACAACAGAGCCAGGUGUAUAGGAGCCAGCCUGACUUGGUGUCAGCGGUGUAUGACAACACAGUAUCCACCCUGCCUGUUGACUACUCUUAUGGACAGUACCCAGAUCAGACGGAUGCUGCCCAAAACUAUAGCCAAUACCCCUAUUCCUCGGAGUACACUGCAGACGGCACCUGGAUUGCCCCCGAGCAACCUACCCCUCGUCCCACGACACCAGAGAAGUUCACCAUACCCCACCGCUGCGCCCGCUUUGGACCUGGCGGUCAUCUCGUCCAAGUUCUGCCCAAUCUCCCCUCAGCUGGGCAGCCUGCUCUUGUUGAUAUUCACAACUUGGAGACCAUGCUGCAGGAUACUCCUGAACAGUCAGAACUGCGAGCCUUCCCUGGACCUCUUGUCAAGGAGGAGACGCACAAAGUAGAUGUGAUCAAGUUCUCCCAGAACAAAGCCCUGGAAUGUUCCCGCAACAACGACCUCUUGGACAGGGAUUCUGCUUGCCUACUUUGGGACUUAAUCGUGCUGCUCUGUCGACAGAAUGGGACUGUGGUCGGCACAGACAUCGCUGACCUCUUGCUGAAGGAGCAUCGCUCUGUCUGGUUACCGGGCAAGAGUCCUAAUGAAGCCAACUUGAUUGACUUCAACAAUGAGCCACUGGCACGAGCUGAGGAGGAGCCAGGAGCAGGACCGCUAUCCCUUCUAUCUGACACCUUCAUGACUGUCCCAGAGAACGUUGGCAAGGAAACAGAGAGGUUCAGGGAGCUGCUACUGUUUGGCCGUAAGAAGGAUGCACUAGAAGCAGCCAUGAAGGGAGGUCUCUGGGGUCACGCCCUGCUUUUGGCCAGUAAGAUGGACAACAGGACACAUGCACGUGUCAUGACCAGAUUUGCCAACAGUUUGCCCAUCAAUGACCCUCUUCAGACAGUUUACCAGCUGAUGUCUGGGCGGAUGCCUGCAUCAGCCACAUGCUGUGGAGAGGAGAAGUGGGGUGACUGGCGCCCUCAUCUAGCCAUGGUGCUGUCUAACCUCGCACACACCCCGGACCUGGAUAAACGCACUAUCACAACCAUGGGUGACACUCUGGCUUCCAAGGGGCUGAAUGAUGCGGCCCACUUCUGUUACUUGAUGGCUCAGGUGGGACUGGGAGUGUUCACAAAGAAGAGCACCAAGAUGGUUCUGGUUGGCUCUAACCACAGUUUAUCAUUCUACCAGUUUGCAACCAAUGAAGCGAUCCAGAGGACUGAGGCCUAUGAGUAUGCCCAGUCUUUAGGCUCCCAGUGCUGCUCACUGCCCAAUUUCCAGGUGUUCAAGUUAAUCUAUGCAUGUCGCCUGGCUGAAGCUGGACUGAGUGCCCAGGCUUUCCACUACUGUGAAGUUAUAUCUAGGGUGGUGCUCAUGCAGCCCUCCUAUCACUCCCCUGUUUUCAUCAGCCAGCUCAUACAGAUGGCUGAAAAGCUGCGGUUCUUCGACCCCCAGUUGAAGGAGAAGCCAGAGCAGGAGCUGUUCAAUGAACCUGAGUGGCUGAUCCAACUCAGACAGCUGGACGGACAGAUAAGGACGGGGGUGAUAGCGUACAAUGCGGACAGAGCGACUCCUGCGCAGUAUGAGUGCAGCACGCCCAGCUCUGAGUUGGACCACACCAGUCCACCUGAGCCUUACACCAUGCCCCUGGAGUUGGACGGCCCCGCUCCUGACAACCCUUUGAUGAACUCAUUACUGCCAUCACAGGGAGUACAGCUGAUGCCUCCAGCUCCAACCACCAUCCUCCAAGAUGGGAUGGCACCAUCGCAGCCCAUGGUCUCUGCUGAUGUGCCCCAGUUCUACCCAGUGCCCCCUAACUUGCCUGGACCACCAGGCCAUAUGCCCGUCCCAGGCUACCCUCCGCAGGCGUCUGGCUUUGCCCCUCUUCCUUUCCAGUCUCAGCCUCUGCCUGAUCAGCCGGACAUGUAUCCAGGAGCCCUGCAGCAGCCUGGUCCCCCAACUCCUCACAUGGGCCAAAUGUCACCUCACAUGCCCCCUCAGAUGCAGCAGCCACCUCUACAGAUAAACCACCCACCAUCCCAAAUGCCCCCGAACAUGCCUCCUCCUGGUCAUAUGCCCCCAGUAGAGCCGCCAUCCCAGGUCCCACCAGAGAUGCAGACUGUUCCAUCAAUGUCCUCUUCCCCGCCUCGGAGCGCUCUCACACCUCAGGUGGACUUUUAUGACCAGAUGGCGCACAUGGGUCCUGGGAGAAGACAGAGAACUACUUCACAGUCGUCAAUGCACAUGGCUUCAGGACGUCGCUCUCGCACCAAUUCUGAGUCUUCCACUCAUUCUGGGGGAAGGGAGCGGAGCAACUCAGCUGUCAAGCAGGCCUCCCCACCUCCACCCUCCAUUCCUGAACAACCCCGCAAGGAAGAGUCCAAGAAGAUCAAGAAAGACUCACCUAAAAAGGGUGGUGGAUGGCUGGACUGGAUCUACCGGAAGGGGAAGAAUGAGGCUCACUUGCCAGAUGACAAAAAUAAAUCUAUUGUAUGGGAUGAGCAGAAGCAGAGAUGGGUUGACCUCAAUGAGCCUGAAGAAGAGAGUAAGCCUCCUCCGCCACCUCCCUCUGGCUUCCCCAAGAUGGUUCACAUGCCUGGCCCUGCAGGGCCUGCCUCACCCCCAGGUGGUGGUCCACCUGUCAACAUGUUCUCCAGGAAGGCAGGCACUAAGAGCAGAUAUGUGGACGUCCUGAACCCCAGUAGAACUGCUAAACCAGGCGGAUUAGCUCCUGCCCCAGCAGACAUCUUUGCUCCUCUGGCACCUAUGCCCAUGCCAGCCAACCUGUUUGUGCCUAGUUCAGCUCCUGAUGAUCAGCAGCCUAUGGAGGGCAGUGAAGGAGGAAACCAGGAGCAGAGCUCACCAAACCCCAGCGCUGUACCACAGAUGUUCAACCCAACGUUACCACCUGGUCCAGAGGGUCCUCCCAUGCCUGACGGGUCACAAUCAGGGGAGCUCUCACGUUCUAGCUCAAUGAGUUCUUUAUCACGCGAAGUGAGUCAGCAUUUAAACCAGGGUCAGCCUGCCCCAGGACCCCCUGCUACUGGAGGCAUAACCUUUUAUAACCCUGCCCAGUUUGCACAGACAAGCGCACCAUCAGGAGGUGGACUCCGCUCCGGUCGUUUGGGCGGUCAGCGGCAGUACCCAGUGUUGAAGUAAACAUCAUCCUGCAGAGAAAUUGUAAACAGACUGGUUGGAUGGAGUGAUAUUUUGCCUGGGAGUAACUGAAGCACAUAUACAUACUGCUUUCUGUCUCAAGGACCCUUCUUUUUGCCCCGCAUCUAAGCAAAGCAUAAUCGGCAUCAUUACCAUCAUUAACGUCAAACAGCUAAACCACUCUUCA